AUGCGAGUGAGAUUCAUUUUUCUCCUUGAUAUCAACUACGCAUCUGGAAGUGCGGGUAAAGAACGUGUGGUAGAUAAUGUCCAGAAAGUCGAGUAUAGUAAGGAGUCACCCCAAUGCGCGAUCCAUUUCGGAACCCUCAAGAACCCUGCCAUCUUCCCCCAGAGACCGCGUUCCGACGAUCUUGCCUUCGGCGGUUCAGGGAAGUGCAUUGGGAUGGACCGGGCGGGACAGGCUGCCGCGAUGUACAAGGAUUGGAAGCGGUAUGCGAAGACGAGGGCGAAGAGGGCGUGCAUUGCGGGGCGCCAUAAUCCCACCUCAUCACGACAAACCUUAAAGGCUGUCCCUCAAGUAGCGGAAGCAAUGCGACGCGUACCCUUUGACAUUCUUUGCGACAUCGCACUCUACGCCCUCCCAAACCACCCACGACCCUUUCAAAAUGCGGCGCCUCUCUCCUUUUGUCAAGUCUCAUCAGAUUGGAGGAUGGCGGCCCUGUCCACCCCCAAGCUUUGGAGCACUCUUUUCCUAGAAGUUCGGGACAUCGAAGAACUCAAGAUAUACGAAAAACGCGUCAUAGAGUGGUUCAGACGCGCCAAGUCGCGUCCACUGUCGUUCUACAUCUAUUUCGAAUCUUCAGACGACAUAAUCGACGCAAAAGACUCCGUUCCACUCAUGUUGGAGUCCUGGUCGUGCCUUAUGCCUCAAGUCAGGCAGUUAGGAAUCGGUGCAGACUGGACGGUCGACAUUCUGCACCAUUUUUGCAACUUAUCAUGGGAGUUACCCACCCUUGAAUACCUGGACUUUUUCAAUAGCGCGGUGUACGGGUACAACGAGCCAGGACUGUACAGUGACGCCACGAUACCUUUCGUCGCCGCCCUCCGCCACCGAACUCCAAAACUACUCUCCGUUGCGGUCAACGACGUGUUCAUCACGGUUGCAGGUGGCGAGAAGCUCCUUCCUUGGUCUCAGCUAACUCAAGUUAUGCAAGUCGGCGAAUUCCUUGUCGGCGACGGGUUACCAGAAGCGCCAGUCCCCCGGCUCGUGCAUACGCAGCUGACGGAUCUCAAGUUGCGGUUACGCCUUGCGUCGAGCUUUUCGAUCCUCGACAUCCUCAACCUCGUUGAGAUGCCUCAUCUGCGCAGCCUCGCGCUCGGACACCGGAGCGACCCAGCGGCAAGCGACCCUCCUCCUCCUCCGCCGUCGUCAAUCAGCUGUUUGAAGCACGUCCAGAGCCUCAGCAUUGACCACGGCUGGUCUGCGAACCCUGAAUACGUCGCCGACAUCCUGCAUGCAACUAUGAAGCUGCGCAAUCUCCAGCUCGAGCAUUUCUCUGCUCUGGAGGACGUCAUUCUCAAGGCGAUGUGCGAGCCUAUCCUGCCGCAUCUCAAGACGCUCCGCAUUUCUGCCACCAAUAUCACAUACUACUCUCCAGAUGCCUUCGACCCCCAACUUUUCGCUGACAUGCUUAGGUCGAGAUGCGGUCAAGAUACCCUUCAUGAUGUGAGGGUCUUCAUUCAUCACUGGCCAGAGGGAGAGGGAAGCAAACUUGCUCGACUGAGGGCUGCAUUGGAGAUUUUGGCUUUGCCAGCAGGUGUUUCUGUCAAAAUCGUUCGAGGACGGGACGAGACAUGGGAGAGUGUCGUUCAGACAAGGUCGCCUAUUUUUAAAGAGUGGCAUCCAUUGACUCGCAGGUUCUAA